AUGUCCAUUGGGCAGGCCUGGGGGUCAAUGAUGGGUUCCAUGAAUGAGGAGGAGUCAUUCAAGCUUCUGGAUGCAUAUGUGGACGCUGGAGGAAACUUUAUCGACACCGCCAACAACUAUCAGGAUGAGGAGUCAGAGAAAUACAUUGGUAAAUGGAUUGCUGCGCGGGGCAAUCGAGACCUCUUAUUUCUUGCCACCAAAUUCACCAAUUCCUACCGCACACACGAUCUCGGACAGGGGCGUACCGUCAAUUAUGGAGGCAACCAUAAGAAGUCAUUGAAGCUAUCUGUCGCCGAUUCCCUUCACAAGCUGAAGACUGAUUACAUCGACCUUUUGUAUGUUCAUUGGUGGGAUUGGACUACUUCCAUUGAAGAACUGAUGGAUUCUCUCCAUAUUCUCGUGGAGCAAGGCAAAGUACUAUAUCUAGGCAUCUCAGACACACCAGCCUGGGUUGUUUCUGCCGCUAAUACUUAUGCGAAAGCCCAUGGUAAAACGCCUUUCUCGGUUUACCAGGGUCGCUGGAAUCUUAUGUUGCGCGAUUUCGAGAGGGACAUCAUCCCCAUGGCUCGCCAUUUUGGCAUGGCCCUAUGCCCUUGGGACGUCCUAGGUGGCGGCCAACUGCAGACGGCCAAACAACUCGAGGCUCGCAAACAGAUCGGCGACAAAGGCCGUGGCAGUAAUCAGAGCGAAGAGGCGCGCCGGGUCAGCGCGGCCUUGGAGAAGGUUGCUGCUGAGCACAACACGGAGAGCAUCCAGCAAAUUGCACUCGCAUACGUUAUGCAGAAAACGAGAAACGUGUUUCCGCUUGUUGGUGGUCGAAAGAUCGAGCAUCUGCAAGACAACAUCAAGGCUUUGAGUAUUCGCCUAACGGACGAACAGAUCGGAUACAUCGAAAGCAUAAAAGAUUUCGACAUCGGAUUUCCGUUGGAUUUUAUUGGCGACGAUCCUAAAGAAACUGGCAGACAGAACCCCAUUAUGGAAGUACUUGUUGGUGCAAAGAUCGCUUGGCAGCAAGCUGCGAAGCCAAUUGGACAUGUUUAA